AUGAUGUUGCAAGUGUUGAACACAUGUCCCAUACGAAUACAUCAAGAGGAUUUCAAAAGACACGAUGUGAAUGCUCCAUUACAACUGCAUAGCAGUAUUGGUAGAAAUUUAGCAAGCGCAGAAGUAGCAACUCCAUCAGUAGAGGAAUUCGAAUUUCAUGAGGAUGAUGAGGAGACCUAUGGAAACCACCCUGAGGAAGGUUAUGAGAAUUCUGAGGAAGAAAGAUAUUCCGAUGAAGAGCGCGAAGAGGAGGUUGUUCAAAGAGGGGAAGAAGAGGCUCCUGUUGAAAGGGAAGAAGAGGCUCCUGUUGAAAGGGAAGAAGAGGCUCCUGUUGAGAAGGUAGAAGAAGCUCCCACUGAAAAGGAAGAAAAUUCUGCUGAAAAGAAAGGAGCUGCUGGAGGAAAUGAGGAAAGAAAGAAAGGGAAGGAGCUGCAGGAGAAGAAGGGAAAAGGUCAGAAGGAAUUAAAUAAGUGGCACAAACAAGCAUACAAUGGUCCACUCGGUAACAUACAAGAAUAUGAAGACCAAUUAGAAGAAGAGCGCAAAGGAUUAUUAAAAGGUGAUAAGAAAAAAAAAAAAAAAAAUGGAAAGAAUAAAAAGUUAGGUAGUUGGGAUAUAAGGAAAUACAAAAUGGCAGGAUAUCAAGAAAAUGAAUAUUUAGAAGUACCGAAAGGUAACACAAGAUGGUCAAGAUAUGGUAACGAAGAACAUAUAGAUGAUGAGGAUGAAAUGGACAAUUUACUAUUGGGAGAAUUUAAAAAAUGGGAAAAUUACGGAACGCAUAACACGUGUUCUCUCCAUUACGAAAUGACUUGUUUUGAUGAGAGGUUGAGCGAUUCUGAAAUAAAUAAGGAAUUGAAAGAAAUGGAAAAAUUUCCUAAAAAACACGAAUUGAUCUCUCUUUACUGGCAAUCAUUCCUAAAUGAAAGAAGUAAAUAUAUUAAUUCUAACAGAUGCUUGUCCAAAAAAUUAUUAGAAUUAAAAAAAAAACAAAAUUUUGAAACUAUCUCAGGAUAUAAGAACAAAUGGAAAAAAUGUAAGCAGAUAGUUGGUAAUAAUUUUAAAGAACAACGCGAACAUGUUAAUGAUAUAUUUUAUACAUCUGUUGUAAAGGAAAAUUUAAGCAGAGAUGAAUUUAAAGAGAUCUUAAAGGAUGUUAGGGAUUCAUGGAAAGAAGUCACCCUUAAAGUAACGCAAGAAUGUGUAGCCCUCUUUGGAAAACCAAAACUUUCCUAG